CAGGUGGUCGUUCUAAAGACGUUCAAGGCGAUAAUCUCCAUGCCGCCGAGAAUGACAGAGAUCGAUCGGCUUGUCAUCCGGGGACUACAGGAGAACCCUUUACUGGAAAAGGAGGUUUGUGUUUUUAUAUCAAUUUACCAAAUUGGCGGCUUCAAAAGUAACUUAUCUUUUUCCUACUUGAUCUUCCCGCAAUUAUGCCGCGAGAUGCUAACUUGGCUGGUGUUGUCAUUGCUGUUUGUGUUAUAACUGUGGAUCAUUUUUACUCGCGUAGUCAGCAGCUAUGCACAUUUCGGAUCAUUAUACGUUUAUGAGAAACUGCCCACCUACCCCUCCCCUAAGCUAACAUUUUGCCCUAAGUGGGAAGUAAGUGUUAAUGUUGGCUCAGUGGAGGGGUGGUGGGCAGUUUCCCAGAAACGUAUAAUGAUCAGACUUGGAGCAAAAGAAAGUUUUUGAUGAGAAAAGAGUUCAAUCCACUCAAGUUUUCUUUAAUACACCAACAUGGCCGCUGUUUCAUUGUUUUGCACACGAGUGUGGCCACCAUGACGUUAUAUAAAAACGAUCAAUCUAUUUGGAUCUGGCGGGGAACAGAAGCUUUAAUAGGACAGCUGCACGAUGACGUCAUUUUACUACAACUACCAGAAUCCUUGAGUUUGUUGCUUUCUUGUGCAAAUUAAGGUUAUUGUUCUUUAAUCCUCAGUGGGAUUGACAAAUUUAAAUAACAAAGCAAAACCGAAAUGAAUUCUGGUAGUUGUAGUGAAAUAUCGUCAUCGUGUCAUUGUCCUAUUCUAUCAUAUUCUUACUAUGUUAGUGUUAUCGUCUUCGAACAAAACAAAGAAGAAGUAGUACUGUGUUGUUUUCAAAUGAGAGGUUGUAAAUAGUCACGAUGCUGCAAUAAGAAAAUUUAAAAAGCGCCUCGGCACUUUUUCGAGUAAAUAAUUUUUAUAAUACUGUUUAUUAAUUCUUAGUUUUAUUUUUUUGAUGGGUGUAUGCUCACGAAGAUGUUCUUUUUAGCGUCGUAAACAAGCCAUAAGCGGAGGAAUUACUUUGGCCAAUCGAAUGUGAUUUAGCAUAAUUAUCCGAUUAACCAAACAAAACGCCAACCCAGUGUGUUCUUUCGUGUCGUUAAUGGUUUAGUUUUACCUUUUUAUGUUUUGAUUUAUUAUUGCAGGAACUUUGGUCUCAGUCACGCUAUGCUGUUUUUAGAAAGGUAUUUAGCAAACUCUAA